UGUGUGUGUGUCUUGAUGUGAUUUUUAUUUGUCGCUCUGCGUCCUGUAUCUGUCCCCUUUUUUAGCUCAUGACUUUGAAUAGAUUUUCAUAUCGUAGACAGUUUCCACGCACACGUUUCCCGGUCCAGCAGGUGUUGCCUCUUCAUAGAGAGAGAAACUGAAGUCUCUUCUCCAAACAAAUAUACCGGUGUCAUGUUCAGUUUGCCCAAAUAGGAUGAAACAUCCCAUAACUCUCCAGCUGGACAAAGACGUUGGUCAACUAUUAUCUUGUAAAUGUGGUUAAGUUUAGCUCAUUUCUGCACCAUUAGGUUGAGAUUAUACACAGACGAACCACGGGAGGUGUUGGUACAGUCACCUUUACAUAAUCGUAUCAGGUUGACUGUUGUCUGGCAAAUUGGCUGAAAACACAACUGUUAUUUACUGACAGUGCUUGGCUGAGGUCUACGGUGGAUGAGCAGACCGACACAUGCUCUGCAUAUAGUUUAUGGAUCCCUGCUGCAGUUUUCCUCCUCUGAGAUUAGGCUGUAAUUGUCUGGUAAUGUGAACCAGGCCAUCCUGUGCUCAGCAGCUCCCCUGCGAGCCGCUCUGUGCAGGAAGUCGUACCUUGUGCACGCUCUGUCCCCCGGCCACUGUUCCCGCCCUGUGGACUUCUGCACUUCAUCCAGACAAUUACAUGGUGACCCUAAUUAAGCACUUCCAAGGCCGUAACAUGUUUCAUCAUGUGUUUCUGUUUACAGGAGAUACGUACAGUAUGUGACUGUUUCAGGUAGUGAGGCUAAAGAUACAUUAUUGGAUAAUGUUAGAUGAGGUUGAUUCCAGCAAACUGCAUAUUUGUCUUGAAAAGAUGUCUCACAUGAAACACAGUUCACUGGACUUCAUUAGAUGCUUUGCAACAUUAAGUAAAAGCUUAAACGUUUGUUGAAUGUUAUUUUGUAUGAGAACGUGUAGACGUAGGUUUUGGUUUUGGAAUAUUUUGGAUAUAAUUGAUAAUGGGGAAGAAUAUUGUUGUAUAUUUGUUUGUUUUCUUCACCUUUCUACAUUUUUUUCCUGCAUUGUCCAAUUUCUUAUUUUUUUAUUCCGGGAAAAAAUAUGCAGCCUUUGUUUUAAUCAGCAUUAUAUCCAUCACCCAAAGAGCCAAGCACAAACGAUGCAGCUGACUGGUUUUUCUUCCUACUGUUUGCUUGUGAAGCCUUGGAUUAGUUGAUGCUCACUCAGCACUUACUGCAGGACAGGCCUAGAACGCGAUGAUCAGGAAACGCACCAUUACUGUUCUUUGCUUCCUCCAUCUUAAUUGUUGCAGUAUCCCUUUUGUUAUUGUCUCCUCUUUGUCCUUCACGCCGGAGUUGUCACCUUCCAGUCCUCCCUCCCUCUGUUUCCGCCGUCACCCUGCACGCUACCGUGGACUGUUUGUUUCCUCGCACUCGCCCCAUCUCUAUCUCUCCGUCGCUGCCUCUCCUCUAAGAGGAUUGGCUGCUCGCAUCUGCCAACAUCUGUGUAUCACUGUCCUGUGAGAGCAAAACAGAGAGGGGAUGGGGUGUGCUAGCCAGCGAGAUAGCAACGCCGCGCGCAGGCGAGGCUAAGUGCCGCGCUCCUUCUCCUCUCACACACUUACGCCUUGCGUGCGCACACACGCAAGCGCACGCACUCAGCGGCAAACAGCCGCAGCAUCCGCAUCCCUGGAUGCCCACCUGCAUCCUCUCUCCAUCCCUCUCGGAGAACACUCCUCUUUUUUCUCCAUCCUCUGUCCGCUACGCCUCAUCCUGCCGUCCUAUCCCCACUCCGCCGCCUGUCACCGUGGCGACAUAGCCUCUGCAGCCAUGGCGACCGGCCAGCAGGAUUCCGGCUUCUUUGACAUCAGCCUCAAGUCUCUGCUGAAGUCCUUAGGAGGAACCUCUCCAGUAGGACUGAAGCCGCCGCUCCCUCCAGUCAGUGGAACCUCGGUAGAGAGGAAGGGUCCUGUUGUCAUGGCUCCCGUCAACGUGGACCCGGAGAGUAAACCGGGCGAGUUUGUCCUAAAAAGCCUGUUUGCCAAUUUCACUCUGCUCUCUGAACGGAAGAUCCGCAUCAUCAUGGCAGAACCACUGGAGAAACCACUUAACAAAUCACUGCAGAGAGGAGAAGACCCACAGUUUGACCAGCUGAUCAGCAGCAUGAGUUCUUUAGCAGAAUACUGCCUGCCGUCCAUGCUGAGGACUCUCUUUGACUGGUACAAGAGGCAGAACGGCCUAGAAGACGAGUCCCAUGAAUACCGGCCAAGAGCCAACACCAAGUCGAAAAAUGAUGAGCAACAGAAGGACUACUUGCUGGAGCGGAGAGAUCUGGCAAUAGACUUCAUCUUUUCUUUAGUGCUCAUAGAGGUCCUAAAGCAGAUCCCACUGCAUCCUCUUCUGGAUGGACUCAUCCAGGAGGUUAUAAACCUGGCCUUCAAGCACUUCAAAUACAAGGAGGGGUACCUGGGACCCAACACAGGCAACAUGCACAUAGUGGCUGACCUCUAUGCUGAAGUAGUGGGGGUUGUAGCUCAGUCCAGGUUCCCGGCAGUGAGGAAGAAGUUUGUCUCUGAGCUGAAGGAGCUGAAACAGAAGGAGCAGAGCCCUUAUGUCAUCCAGUCCACCAUCAGCCUCAUCAUGGGGCUCAAGUUCUUCCGUAUAAAAAUGUACCCGGUGGAAGACUUUGAAGCCUCCUUCCUGUUUAUGCAGGAGUGUGCACAGUAUUUCCUGGAGGUGAAGGAUAAAGACAUCAAACACUCGCUCGCCGGGCUCUUUGUGGAGAUACUUGUACCCGUCGCUGCUACUGUGAAAAACGAGGUGAACGUGCCGUGUCUCAGGAACUUCGUGGAGAGUUUGUACGACACAACACUGGACCUGUCCUCCAGGAAGAAACACUCGCUGGCCCUGUAUCCGCUGGUGACCUGCCUCCUGUGUGUCAGCCAGAAGCAGUUCUUCCUCAGCCGUUGGCACAUUUUCCUCAACAACUGCCUGUCGAACCUCAAGAACAAAGACCCCAAGAUGGCACGCGUGGCUCUGGAAUCACUGUAUCGCCUGCUGUGGGUCUACAUGAUUCGGAUAAAGUGCGAGAGCAACACUGGAACACAGAGCCGCCUGACGUCCAUCACCUCUACCCUGUUCCCUAAAGGCAGCCGGAGCGUUGUGCCCAGAGACAUGCCGCUGAAUAUUUUUGUCAAGAUCAUCCAGUUCAUUGCUCAGGAGAGACUGGAUUUUGCCAUGAAGGAGAUCAUAUUUGACUUGUUGAGCGUUGGGAAACCCGCCAAAGCCUUCAGUCUUAACCCUGAGCGUAUGAACAUUGGUCUGAGGGCCUUCCUGGUGAUAGCAGAUGCCCUGCAACAGAAGGAUGGAGAGCCUCCAAUGCCCAACACAGGAGCCACGCUGCCCUCUGGAAACUCCCUGAAGAAGAAGAAGACCUACCUGAGCAAGACGCUCACCGAGGAAGAGGCCAAGCUGAUCGGCAUGUCUUUGUACUACUCCCAGGUGAGAAAGGCUCUGGACAACAUUCUUCGACACUUGGACAAGGAGGUGGGGCGCUGCAUGAUGCUCACCAGCGUACAGAUGCUCAACAAAGAACCAGAGGACAUGAUCACCGGUGAGAGGAAACCUAAAAUCGACCUGUUCAGGACAUGCGUGGCUGCUAUCCCUCGUAUCCUCCCUGAUGGCAUGUCCAAGCCUGAGCUCAUUGACCUGCUGUCACGACUCACAGUGCACAUGGACGACGAGCUUCGCCUCAUUUCCCAGAACUCCCUGCAGAGCCUGUUAUUGGAUUUCUCCGACUGGAGGGAAGACGUCCUCUUCGGUUACACACAUUUCCUUCUCCGCGAGGUGCAAGACACCCACCAGGGUCUUCAGGAUGCGUCUGUGAAGCUCCUUCUCCAGCUGCUCACACAGUGGAGAUUAGCUCUGCAGUUCCAGGGGAAGAUGCGCGGUGGCGUUGAGGCCAGCCCCAGGAUGCCAGAGCGCAGCCCCCACUGCUCCGUGCUGCAUGCGGUCGAGGGUCUGGCUCUGCUGCUCCUUUGCUCGUGUCAGAUCAGCACGAGGAAGCUGGCGGUCGGCGUGUUGAGAGAGAUACGCUGCCUCUUCACAGCUCUGGGACAUGCUGAGGACGAUGACAAGCCCAUGAUAGAGGUCAUGGACCAGCUGAGCCCAUCUGUAAUGGACAGCAUUGUUCAUGUGGCCGUCUCUGACUCAUCCACUUUGCCUCUCAGCCACCACGUCGACCUCCAGUGGCUCGUGGAGUGGUCCGCUCGACUGGUGAGCAGCUCCUACGACGUGAAGAGCCCCAGCUCCGUCUGGAUCUUCGCCCAGUGCCUGAAGGACCCCUGGGUGCUCUGCCUGCACAUCUUCCUGCGGCAGGAGCACCUGCCCAAGCACUGCCCCGUCGCCCUGGGAUACGCCUGGCCCUACGCUUUCACGCGGCUGCAGCUGCUGCUGCCCCUGGUUGACCCCAACAGCCCAGUCAAUGCUAAGAAGACCAGCACGGCAGGCUCCAGUGACAGCUACAUCUCGCUGUGGCGUAACUACCUGAUCCUGUGUCUGGGGGUGGCUAAGCCGAGCAUCAUGUCUCCUGGGCAUCUUCGAGCUUCCACGCCGGAGAUCACAGCCACCACGCCGGAUGGCAGCGUCACGUAUGACAACAAGGUGAUAGGCACCCCUUCGGUGGCAUGGCUUUUGAAACAACUUGUCCCUCUGAUGAGAGCCGACAGUCUGGAGAUCACUGAGUCUCUGGUCCUGGGGUUUGGAUGCACAAAUGCUCUAGUGUUCAGGGAGCUGGUGGAAGAACUCCAUCCACUGAUGAAGGAAGCACUAGAACGCAGGCCCGAGAACAAGAAGCGACGGGAGAGGAGGGAUCUUCUCAGGCUGCAGCUGCUGAGGAUCUUUGAACUGUUGGCCAAUGCAGGAGUCAUCAGCGACAGCACCAACGGGGCCCUGGAGCGCGAUUCUUUGGCUCUGGGUGCGUUGUUCCUCGAGUACGUGGAUCUGACCCGGAUGCUUCUGGAGGCUGAGAAUGAGAAGGAGCUGGAUGUGCUUAAAGACAUCAGAGCCCAUUUCAGUGGGAUGGUGGCCAAUCUCAUCCAGUGUGUCCCUGUCCACCAUAGACGCUUCCUCUUCCCUCAGCAGUCUCUCAGACACCACCUCUUCAUCCUCUUCAGCCAGUGGGCUGGACCCUUCAGCGUUAUGUUCACUCCCCUGGACCGUUACAGUGACCGCAACCACCAGAUCACUCGCUACCAGUACUGCGCUCUGAAAGCCAUGUCAGCGGUGCUGUGCUGUGGCCCAGUGUUUGAUAAUGUGGGUCUGUCUACUGACGGUUACCUCUACAAAUGGCUGGACAACAUCUUGGCCUGCCACGACAUACGAGUGCACCGUCUGGGGUGUGAGGUAGUGAUCCUGCUGCUAGAGCUGAACCCAGACCAGAUCAAUCUGUUCAACUGGGCUGUGGACCGCUGCUUCACUGGGUCGUACCAGCUGGCGUCUGGCUGCUUCAAGGCCAUCGCCACGGUCUGUGGUAACAGGAAUUAUCCAUGUGACCUUGUGACCCUGCUCAAUCUAGUGCUGUUCAAGUCCUCAGACACCAGCAGAGAAAUCUAUGAGAUAUCCAUGCAGCUAAUGCAGGUGCUGGAGUCCAAGCUGUGUGCGUACUCGAAGCGAAUGGUGGAGCAGAAGCCUGGUAACAUCCUGUACGGCACACACGGCCCUUUGCCUCCCCUGUACAGCGUCAACCUGUCUCAGCUCUCCAUCCAGCUGGCCAGCAUGUACCCAGAGCUCACGCUGCCGCUCUUCUCAGAGGUGAGCCAGCGCUUCCCCACCACCCACCCUAACGGCAGACAGAUCAUGCUCUCCUACCUGCUCCCCUGGCUCAGUAACAUCGAGCUGGUGGACACAGGGCUGCUGCCCCCUGCAUCCAGCCCAUGCACACCGGAGGAGGAACCUCGCGGGCAGGGACAGGGGUUGUCUUCCAGCCUGAGGGGCAGCGGCUGGGGCUCCCUGCAGGCGACCUCACUGGUGCUCAACAACCUCAUGUUUAUGACGGCUAAGGUGACAGAGCAGCGUUUGUUAUGGCCCGUUCACUCCCAGCCACGUCUUCCUCCUUUUCAAUGGGUUUUAUUCCUUUACGUUCAGUACGGAGACGAGGUUCCGGGCCCAGAGAUUGAGAAUGCCUGGAAUGCGCUGGUGUCUAACGAGAGGUGGAGUAACAACUUGCGGAUCACUCUGCAGUUCCUUAUCAGCCUGUGUGGCGUCAGCAGCGAUACCACCCUGCUGCCCUACAUCAAGAAGGUGGUGAUCUACUUGUGUCGGAACAACACCAUCCAGACUAUGGAGGAGCUGCUGUUUGAGCUGCAGCAGACAGACCCAGUCAAUCCUGUGGUUUUACACUGCGACAACCCUCCCUUCUACCGCUUCGCUGCCAGCAACAAAGCCUCCACCUCACAGACAGGCACCACUUCCAGCAGUAACACUGUGGUGGCGGGUCAAGACAACCUGCCGGACACUGAUGACAACAAGCUGGUCAGAGACAGCGAAGAGCGCAGGGCCAGGGCUCACAACAGACUGGAGUCUCGCUACAGCAACAGCUCCGGAGGCUCGUACGAAGACGAAAAGACUGAUCCUCUUCCUCCAUAUGCUGGCUGGCUGAUGAGUGUUCUGGAGACCAACCGCCCUCAGCCAUUACCCAUGCCCGUUAAUGGGGGCUGCUGGGCUCCUCUGGUUGACUACCUUCCAGAAACCAUAACACCUAGAGGACCUCUGCAUAGGUGCAACAUCGCAGUGAUCUUUAUGACUGAAAUGGUGGUGGACCACAGUGUGAGAGAAGACUGGGCUUUACACCUGCCGCUGCUGCUGCAUGCCCUCUUCCUGGGUAUGGACCACUAUAGACCAGAGGUGUAUGAACACAGCAAACGUCUCCUUCUCCAUCUUCUCAUUGCUCUCUCCUGUAACAACAACUUCCAGGUAAUAGCCUCCGUUCUGAUGUUGACCAGAGAGAUUAGUGACAACAAGACCCUCACCAUUAAGUCCAGCUACCACACAGAGUACCAGCAGUCACACGCGCCUGACUUCCUGCGGGAGUGGCAGGCGUCUCCAGUGGCAGAUUCCGGCCUCAGCUCCACUUCCAACUCAUCCUCAGCCAGUCUGGGCGGCGGCAGCGCUGCGAGCAGUGUUGGAAACUUACCCCUUGUAACGCCCGAUGACCUGGAGGACCUUGAAGAUACGCCCAAUGAGACCGACGAGAAGACACACAAACUCAUUGAGUUCCUGUCCACCAGUGCCUGGAGUACUGUGUUGUUGUUGCUCAGAGCAUUUGGGCCGCUGUGGGUGCACGAAGACAUCACACCAAAGAACCCCAACUCUAAGAGCACAGAGCAGCUCUCUAACUUCCUACGCCACGUUGUCUCUGUCUUCAAGGAGUCCAAGUCCGAUUUCCACCUGGAGCAGCAGCUGAGCGACGUGGCUUUGCAGACGGCUCUGUGCAGCUCCUCGCGACACUAUGCCGGGCGCUCGUUUCAGAUUUUCAGAGCCCUGAAGCAGCCGAUCAACAACCACGCCGUCUCUGACCUGGUCUCGCGCCUCGUGGAGGUGGUGGGAGAACACGGGGACGAGGUGCAGGGAUACGUGAUGGAGGUGCUGCUGACGCUGGAGGCCGUCGUGGUCAAUCUGGCAGAGUGUCUGAAAAACAGCGACCUCAUGGCAGCUCUCACCAGGACGUCCUCACCUGACUUUGUGACUAGUGACAAACUUAUGAACAGAAAAAGCACCGGUCAGCUGAACUUUCCCGGUCCCGGGUUCGUUGGUCUGUCGUCUCAGCGCCACCAGCGCUCCUACUCGGUCCCCAAGAAGUUUGGCGAGUGUGGCAGCCAGUUGAGCGACCCUCCACGCAGCGCAACUCUGGACCGCAUACAGGCCUGCAACAGUCACGGCCUGGCCCGAGUCGGAAGAACCCCCGGCUCCUGCACGUCGUCCACUAAUCGUAUCGAUCCCAGCGUGCUGUCCGAUCCUGCCCACGUUUCCCACCCGUCAACGAUCCUGGCCACAGUCUUCUGGGUGGCGGUGUCACUCAUGGAGUCGGACUUCGAGUUUGAAUAUCAGAUGUCACUUCGACUCGUUCACAAGCUGCUGUCAAAGGUGCCGUUAGACCGAGCGGAGAACCGCGAGCGCCUGGAGAAGCUGCAGGCUCAGCUGAACUGGAGCGGGUUCUCUGGAAUUCAGCAGCUCCUGUUGAAGGGUUUUACCUCCCAGACCACGUCCGACCUCACCCUCCAGCUGUUCUGUCAGCUCACGCCGGUCUCGCGCGUCCCCGUCGUAGACAGCUCUCAGUCUAUAGGUUUCCCGCUGAAUGUGCUGUGUCUGCUGCCACACCUGGUGCAGCACUUCGGCCACCCAAAUCAGUUUUGCAAGGAGAGCGCGGAGAGGAUUGCACAGGUGUGUUUGGUGGAGAAGAACACAAAGUUGUCCCAUUUGGCCCAUGUCAUGACUCUUUAUAAGACCCGUUCCUACACACGGGACCCGUUCUCCUGGGUCAGUGUGGUUUGCCGCUACCUUCAUGAGGCUUUCUCUGACAUCACACUCAGCAUGGUCACCUACAUGGCCGAGCUGCUGGAUAAGGGGCUUCCCAGCAUGCAGCAGUCCCUUCUCCAGAUCAUUUACUGCCUGCUCAGCCACAUGGACCUCACUGCUGUACAGCUCAAACAGUUCAAUGGUGAUGUCAUAAAGACCAUUGAGAAGUUUGUCCAGACCGUCCACUGGAAGGAUGCUUUGAACAUCUUAAAGCUGGUGGUGUCACGCUCAGCCAGCCUGGUCCAUCCAGUGUACGGCCACACACCAGGUGACCUUUCCAACCUGGAGGUCAGCAGGGUGUGGGACGGUUCAGCGAAGGCACUGCCUGGGAAAACCCUGGAUUUCACCUUUGACAUCUCAGAGACUCCAGUUAUUGGGCGUCGGUUCGACGAACUCCAAGGUUCAGGAGGACGGGAGGGAAAAGCCAGAGCCAUGGCUGUGACCCGCAGCACUUCAUCCACUUCCUCUGGAUCCAACUCCAACACCAUCCUGGUGCCUGUCAGCUGGAGGCGGCCGCAGUCGUCACAGAAAAGAACCAGAGAGAAGCUGGUGAAUGUUCUGUCUCUUUGUGGGCAAGAAGUUGGACUCACCAAGAACCCAUCUGUGAUCUUCUCAUCGUGUGGAGACUUGGACAUGAUGGAGAUACGGGAGAGCGGCGUCUCAUCGGAGGAGGGAGGAACCAGGGAGGACACACUAGACGACACCGCCAGUGAGCAGCAGUUCAGGGUUUUCAGAGACUUUGAUUUCCUGGACGUGGAGCUGGAGGAUGGAGAGGGUGAGUCUCUCGAUAACUUUAACUGGGGCGUUCGCCGGCGGUCUCUGGACAGCACAGAGCUGGGCGACCUGCUAGAGGAGAGCCAGCACUCAGGCAGCACCCCGAGUCUGGGCCACGAGGACCCGCACGAUUCAGACGAGUCCUCAGAGGAGGAGGAGUCCUCCACGAGCCAGAGUCUUUCUCACUCCCAGCUUACGAACCCUUCUCCAUCAGAGGAGACCAAUCACACUGAUUCUUUAUCGACUUCCUACGACACAUCUGCCGACCUACAAUCCCUCAAUGCCACUACACCUGGCCAGGGAGCCCUCCAUGACGAGCACAGUGGCCUGCAUGCGAGGGUGUGCGGCGAGGACGAGGACACUCAGGCCCAGGAUGACGAACUGUCGCUGAGCACCAACGAGCUCCCUCACGGCUCAGACUGCGGUGAGAGCUUCACCCUGGAGUUAGCGGGACAAGCGCAGGAUCAUGUGCCCAGUCUGGACCACAGCCUCAACCCUGACUACUGCCAGCCACCACUGGACUUCCUAGACCCCAACUGUCUGCCCAGCUUGCGUGAUGAUGUAGAUGACUUGGAAGACCUUGGUUUUCCUCCUCCCCCCUCUCCAUUUUUUUCCGCCAUCUUGGCAGCCUUCCAGCCGACAGUGUGUGACGAUGCUGAGGAGGCGUGGCGUUGUCAUAUGAACCAGCUGGUGACAGACUCGGAUGGGUCCUGUGCCGUGUACACUUUUCAAGUCUUCUCAUCUCUAUUUAAGAACAUCCAGGGGAAAUUCUGCUCCCUGACAACUGAUGUUGCCACAUAUCUUGGCGAGGGCUUAAGGGGCAUCGGGUCAAAGUUCCUUAGGUCGUCACAGAUGCUGACAACAUGUUCGGAUUGUCCCACGAUCUAUAUUGAUGCCGAAACAAUUAUGUCCUAUGGCCUCCUUGAAAAGAUGAAGUUCAGUGCGCUGGAAUUGCAGGAGUACCUGGAUACCUACAACACCAAAGAGGAGGCUGCUGUAUCGUGGCUGAGGAAUUGUAAGGACACGUUUCCCAGGUGCCCCGGUGACAGCGUGGUUACGUGCCAGCCUGGAGAUUCAGAGGAGAAGCAAAUGGAAUCGCUCGCUCAACUGGAGCUCUGUCAGAGGCUUUACAAGCUGCACUUCCAGCUUCUCCUGCUUUUUCAGUCCUACUGCUCACUUAUUGGACAAGUCCAUGCCAUCAGUUCAGUGCCUGAGCUGCUGAACAUGUCUCGAGAGCUCACUGAUUUGCGGAGCAGCCUACAGGCGGCGGAGGCUGCUGUAGCCAGCGACCUGGAGCACAAGCACCUGGCCCACACCCACGCACACGCCACCCAGGUGGCAGCCAUGGUUGUGCCCAGCUUCCCCACCUCCGAGGCAGCCGUGCAGGCCAUACUCGAGUGCCUUAAGAACCACGAGUUCACCAAAGCUGUGCGCUACAUACAGGAGUGCAGGAGGCAGUGGCCCAGCGGAGUGUUCGGAGGCAGCUCGGAGAGCGAGGUCCAGACGUUGCUCAAUGUCUACUUUCGCCACCAGACGCUGGGCCAGACGGGCACCAUCGCGCUGGUCGGCUCCCGCCAGGACCUCAGCCUGAUCUGCUCGAAGCUGCUAGAGCUCAACGGGGAGAUCCGCGACAUGAUCCGCCGCGCCCAGGGGUACCGGGUCGUCACAACCUACCUCCCCGACUCCAGCGCCUCCGGGACCAGCCUCUGACAGGAAGCCAGGAGCCCCCCACCCCCUCCGUCCCCACCCGCACCGCUUCCAUCGCCGCAGCCGCAGACGCUUCCGAAGGCGUGCCCCUCGCUGGCUGCUCAGCCUGCUCUCACAGAGGACGCCCAGCACCCCCACACAUGGCCCCUGCCUCCCCCCGUGUGUCUGCUGCCCCGGCUGAGCAGCGCCAGGCACGUCCCGGCCUACCGGCCUACUCUGCACUAGGAUCAGAACCAUGUUUGGGUUAUGACCCAGACCUGACGCCGCUCUCUUCAUCUUCGUCCACCGUGCAACCGGACACGUCUUCGCUUGAUUUUCCCAAACCUCCGAACCUGUUCUCACUACACAGAUGCUCAAACCCUCCAGGUUUUACACUGCCACACACACAAGAGCCAAGACGGAGUCAUCCCAGAGAGAACACCAACCUUUACUAUCCUUUCAGAGGACGCUUAUCUCACAGGUCACUACUAUCUCAUUCUCAAAGCACCAAACAAACUCUUCCAUUCAACAGCCUCCCAACCGUAGCCUCUGAACCCAACUUGCUCACACACACUGACACAAAUGCGUCACCCAUUCCGCCUCUGGGCUCACAUCUCCCCCAUUUCCCCCACUCACCAUGCCAUCUCUCACUCCAUGAUACAGUGUUAACACACGGCCCUGCCUCGUGUUCAGCCCUCUGCCCUCCCCCACCUCCCCCACCGUGUCCCCCUGCUCCAGGAAGGCCUGCAGCGUGGGGCUGUUGUUGCUCCCUUGGUGAUGCUGCUGCGCCUUUAUCUCACUACCUGGGCAAGGUGGGGCACGCCGCCCUGCCCCUACUGAAGGUAGGGGGGCUCCUGAAUGCUGAACCAUCAGACGUCCAGACCUGAGACGUACUGUCAGACCUAUAGAGAGUAGACCUCUAUGAAUUCCUCACCUGAAACUAACUGCACCUGACCAACCUUUCAAUCUUUCUCUCUGAAAAAAGGGGAAGAUGUGGAACCUGCUGGAUAAUACAAACUGCUGUACUCUAAAAAAGAUGACAUCAUGCGAGUGCGCCCGUUAGAGAGCUGCAUUGAAAGAUGAAUGCUCUCAGAGUCCUGCUUGAUGGUUGUCAUUCAGAAUGUAAUGUGUGCUGCACCUGAGGGCGCGUGGAAGCUCUUAGCUUGGAUUUCUAACUUCCUCCCAGAGGAAAUCAAAACCUGAUUGAACUUGACUGUUGCUGCCUCUUUCAGGAACGAUGUAGUUUGCUGGUAGUAGCACUAGAGACUGAGAAAACUACCCGCGACACCCCAUAUUAUCAGUGGCAGAGUCUCUCCGAUUGCACUAAAUGGAGCGUUGGUAUUUUUAAAGCGCGUUACAGAAAUGCUGUUACGUUACUGUUUUAGUUACUGAGAGACGAGGCUGUAACUUUUACCGAGAAGGAAAAGCCAAACGCUAGAAUACCUUUUCUCUCCUGCUGUGUCUACCGUGUUGAGAGGAAACUGUGCAAUGCAUGACCCAGUGAAUGCUUUCUACUGUACACUAGUGUCCCUUUCGCUCCAUAUAACGUCUGGCCUCUCCAGACUGACUGAAAGCCUGAUGGACAAGGACCGGGUGCAGGACAUUGGAGCGGACCCCAUUGCUCUGUUUAUAUUUUGUAGCUGUGAACCACCUUACCCUCCGAUUAGCCUUGUAAACACUGGUACACUAAUCUCACCCUCUGUGUGCGGCGUACACUCCUGUGGCUAGUCGUGGCAUCAUUAGUGGGUGUACACACUGUAGUUGUCCACACUCACCGUGUGUUCACACGCCAUGAGGAUGGUGCGUAUAUUUGCCCUCAUCCCGUCUCUGUACCGUUACGUAGGGACACACAACCACUGUAGCAAACGUUUGUGUGUGGUAGUUACCGCAAAUGCUGACAUUCAGCUCAUUGUUGAAACCCGUACUACUGAAGUUGAACGCUUCCCAUCAUUGGCUCCUUUUGUGACUCUCCAUCUUCUCAACCAGUUACUUGCCCCUUUUACUGUACAAAUGUCCUUUUCCUAUUUAUAUUUGAUCAGCUAUAAACCACUCAUUUGACUUGGGUUUUAUAUGGAUGUUUGUUCUCAAACUGCCAUGCAUGCAUCUGUGUACUGUAUGGAGUGUUUGAAAUAUUUAACAGAAGUUUUAUCUGAAAGAUCCAUUUGUAUGAGGUACAAAAGGGAGCUUUAAGCUCUUGUGGGGAUGUUUUCUGCCCUUCUGUGUGUGGGAGAAUGUGUGUGCAUGCCAAACAAAUUGCACAUUUUUAGCUUUUUAGAUGAAGACUGUAGUUUUUUCCUCCACCUUGUAAAUACUUUUACAGCCUUUGUGAAGUUGUUUUCAGUUGACGCUCUGUACAAGUCUGUGUCAAAGUAAAGACAUAUUCAAUGA